GAGGAGGAGGAGGAGGAGAGAGAAGGCAGAGAGAGACCUCAGCAUUCUGUUAGAUCUCAGCUGCGGUGAGGACACCCAGGAGAGCUGCAUUCCUGAGACAGCCAGCGAAGGAGAGACGGAGAGGCAGACAGACAGAAAAAGAGAGAGAGAGACAAACAGAGAAAGAGAGAGUGAGAGAGAGGGAGGGGGGACAGUAGAGGAGUGAGCGAGCGCUCUGGUUCUACCGCUGACAGCUUGCCUGACGCACACCACUUGGACUUUAGCUCGGAGGACUUCCUUACUUCCUCAGUCCCGGUUUCGGGGAAAACAGCUUGACGGAUUUACCGGAGAGAGAGAACACAGAGGGGAAGGAAGACAUUUCCACACCUGAGAGAGCGAGCGCGGGCCAUGCCGUGCUGAGCCGGGCCGAGCCAAAGCGUGCCUAGCUGAACUGAACCGUGAGCCACGCCCGGCCUGCUCACAUGGAGCUAAAGGUGUGGGUGGACGGAGUGGUGCGGGUCGUAUGUGGCCUAUCAGAGGAGACGUCCUGCCAGGAUGUGGUCAUCGCUCUUGCCCAAGCUAUUGGUCAGACGGGUCGCUAUGUUCUGAUCCAGCGCCUCAGGGACAGUGAGAGGCAGCUGCUGGCCACAGAGAGGCCCCUGGAGUCCCUGGCCAAGCUGGGCCAACACGGCAACGAAGUCCAGUUCGUCCUGCGGAGGACCGGCCCCAGCAGCAGUGACGCCCCCGGGCCCCACCAGGACCGGCCCAGCCCUCUGACCCUUCCCAAACACCCGGAGCCAGAACUGCCCAAACGCACCCAGCCCAAGAAGUCCCUCACCUUCAACCUGGGCCCCUCCACCUCCCCCAGAGCCAAGGUACGGAGGUCCCCACAUGACUCCCUCCACUCCCCCGAGCGGAGGGCCUCCCCCAGCCCCGUCCCCCACCCGCCGUCCCCCAGCCCCUCGCCCCCGGCGGGCCCGUCCAAAGACGAGGUGUUCCGCCAGGUUCUCCAGCAGCAGGAGAGACUGAGGGCCAUGGAGUCCCAGCUGGAGUCCCUGGAGAGGGAGUCCCGAGCCUGGGAGCGCCCCUCGCCGGUCCCCUCUGCCUCCCCUGUGCCGGAGGCCCGACUCCAGGAGGAGCUGGAGGUUCUGGAUCAGGCGGUGCGGAGGAACCAGGCGGAGCUGGCCUACGAGCCGUUCUGGGAGGAGGAGCUGCGGGCCGAGGCGGAGAAGGAGCACGGGAUGAAGAGGCGACUGGGGGAGCUCCACGCCAAGAUGGACGACUGCGGGCGGCGACUCCACGACCUCGACGCGCGCUCCGCCCACCUGGAGCAGGAGAUCCAACGGGAGAGCCGGGAGGGCGGGGCCACGGCUGGGGGGCCCAAUCCGAUGUGGCCCGAGGAGUCGGUGAGCGCCGCGAAGGUGGAGCUUCAGAGCCAGGAGAAGCAGGGCGAGGAGCUGGAGGCGGAGUUAUCGGAGAUGAACAGGGCUCUGGGGAAGGCGGAGUCUAUGCUGCAGAGCAAGCAGGAGGAGCUGGAGGAGCUGAACAAGGAGUUGAGGCAGUGUAACCUGCAGCAGUUCAUCCAGCAGGCCGGGGUCCUGCCGGCUCACUCCCACUCCCGCACAGACCUCCACGAGCUGGAACAGCUGGAGCUGGCCGCCCUGCUGCAGGACGGCUACAGGAACGGAGGCCUGUCCCUGCCCCCGUCGGAGUCUCCUCCGCGGCCCACGGCCAAGCAGUUCCUGGGACACCCCCGCAACCUGCAGAACCCCCUGGUGUCCAGCCUGAACCCUGAGGUCUUGACAUCCAGAGAAGCUUCAUGGAGAUAGAACAAGGACAACAGGGCCAAGGGACACUGUUCACUGUUAACUGUCUGUCACCAUCCGCUCCUGUUUAACCCCCACUGUCAACUGUCUCUGGAACUACUGUCCUUAUUCACUACCAUUGUACACAGAAUGUAUAUACAGAAAUAUAUUUACGGCACUUUUUUUGCUACUGUACACUGCAAAGUAUGUAUCAAAUGUGAAAUAAUUUUAGGAAACUUUUACCUAGAGGAAUAUUUCCUUUACUGUAUGUGUAUUUAAAUGUCAUAGUAAUAAAUAAAAAAAACAUGUGCAUUGUUUUCGAAAACC